ACUUUUUUGACUCUACGACUCUCCUCAUUAUUAGAAUACUAUUGUUAUGGCAGCGAGCAAUACUAUAGACUCCUUUCGGCAUAGCAUCUCUUCUAUAUUCCACCAGGCGCAAUUCUCUAUGGCAAAUCAUCACAAGAACUGCAUUUCCCUCUAUAAACUCCACAUGCGCACUGUCGGCCUCUGCAAUGCUGCUACCUCGAAGACAGCUCGGAUGUAUAAGGAGGCCUUCGAUGAUGUGUUCAUUGACAUGAUCUCCCGGGUCUUACCCGUGAAAAGCGGCUCUCCUACUGCUGAACGCGUCAUCAAGUUUAUACGCUCGUAUGUCAGGCUACUUCUGGAGAAAGACGAGGGCGAAGGCGAAACAUUCUCGGCGAACUUCAUGUUGCGUCUGAUCCGCUGGCUCCUCGAGGGAUUCUCAGCCAAGGAUACGACAGUCCGCUACAGAGCGGUCAGCCUUGUUCAGAUACUGGUGAUACACCUCAAGGGACUUGAUGAGGAUACAUACAACAUCCUGUGUCAAAGCAUGAUCGAACGUUCACGAGACAAGGAAAGCAACAUACGAGUAUCGGCAAUCGCAGCGUUAUCGAAGCUCGUGAUUGGCGAGGAGCCUGUUCAUAUACCAGAAGACCAGCCGAGCAUUAUGGAGAUCAUGCUAGAAAGCUUGUGUUACGAUCCUUCUCCUGAAGUGCGACAUGCCACUCUCCAGCACAUCCCAGUGAUAGCUCGCACGCUGCCCGUAAUCCUCACUCGCAGCCGGGACGUCGACCCAUCGGUUCGAAAACUCCUGUUCUCUGCAAUCCUCUCUUCUGCUAUUGGAAGAAGCAAAUAUAGCACUCCAGAUCCGACCGCAGACUUUCUAUUAUAUCCACAGCAGCUGACCCUCGCACAGCGGGAAAAGGUUGUACGUGAAGGAUUGGACGACAAAGAUGCAUCGGUGCAGGUCGCAGCGGCCCAGAUGCUCGCUGAAUGGUUCGACAAUCUGCGACAGGAUGGUGACAACGUGUCUGUUACGGACAAGCUACUGGAGUUUGCGAGACUUUUUGAUGUCGCUGCGCCGGAGGGUAUCGAUAUUGUGGACCGUGGAAUGCGCUCGCUGUUUGAUACUAAUCCUGACAUCCUUCGUGAAGUUCACUUUGACGCUAAGUAUUGGAAUAUGCUGACUCCGGAGUCCGCCUUCCUUACACGCGUCUUCCUCACUCACUGCCGUGAGAAUAACAAGGAUGCUCUCCUCGACUCGGCUGGCUUCCCUGACGUGACUACUCUGGCAUACUACUUGCAAGAUUCCUUCAACGCCCUUCUGGACGCGAUGGAAGAGAUCGAGGAUGCGCGUCUCACUGUAGCAUCGGGUCGCGUCGACGGCGAUGAUGACGGCGACGAGGAGCUCGACAGGAAGGAAGAUGCUGUACUGGAACGUACCGUCGUCGCCGGAGAACUGCUUAGAACGAUGGAGGGGUGUGACUUUGCGGAUGAGACCGGGCGGCGGAAGGUGUUUGCAGUCGUCAGAGAGAUGCUCGCACACGACUCAUUUCCUGAGGGCCUCAUGGACCCAUGUAUGGACGUACUCAAAGCGACAGCCCCGAGCGAGCGAGAGCUCAUACGCAUUGUGGUCGAGAUCGUCACCGAGCUGCGAGAUCCCGUGGAUGACUACUUGAAUGACGGCGCGAGUACCUUCAGGGAUCGAAGGGCCUCCCUCGCGUCCACGUCAUCCAGCCAGAGCAGCGUCAAGAGCUUGCCGCUGCGCCCUCCCAAGUCUCGCUCUGAGAUGACAGCGAAAGAACGCACCAAGGCGGAUGCGACCGACAUGCGCUGCCUCGCUCUGUGUAACGCCAUGCUCAGCCGCAUGAACGGGACCUUCGACGAGAACUCUACCUUAGGUGGAGUCCUAGCUGAUCUCAUUCUUCCGUCGGUGAAUAGCACGGAGCUGCAUGUGCGUGAACGGGGGGUGAUUACGCUCGGGUUAUGUGGCCUCAUAGCGAAGGAAUUGGCCAUGAGCUCCUUCCAGCUGCUCCUCAACGAAGCAAAGAAAUCUCCAGAAAGUCUUAAGAUCAAAAUUCUGCACGUCAUCUUUGACUUCCUAUCAGUGCAUGACCAGGAGCUCCUGUUUGGCUCCAAGGAGAAAGUGGAGAAGGUCAUCUGUUUCCUGCUGCAAACCCUUGAAAAUGAGGAAUCUUCAGCAGUACAGGCCGUGGCAUGUCUCGGGAUAUCGAAACUUAUGCUCUCAAAGCGCAUCACUGAUGAGCGCGUUUUGACGAGUCUGUUGCUAGCAUUCAUCUCACCGAUGUCCGCCGCCAAUCCAACACUCAAACAAUGUCUUGAAUAUUUCCUCCCAGCUUAUUGCUACUCGUCUCGUGAGAAUCAGUCUCGAAUGCAGACUGUUGCUAUGGCGGCAUACGACCAGGCCAGGCGAAUCUAUGAGGUAGUUGAAGAGGACGACGACGUGAUCACCCCAUACCAGUUUGGCCUGUGCCUCGUAGAAUGGACCGAUCCGCGCCAGCUUAAUGGAGCGGAUGAACAAGGCAUUGGAGAGGACGACACACAUUUGCAUCUAGCGGUGGACUUCCUGCAAGGUCUUUACGAGACCGAACGGACAGAUGAGGAUCGCAAGACGAUAUGUCAACUGCUCGAGAACCUCUACCUCCCAAAUGAACCGGCCGAACUCCCCCUGCUUCUGCUGAAUGUACUGUUGCAGGACAUAGAGCGUGACGCAAUCCGCGAGGCAACGACAAAGAAGUUGGUCGAUCAAUUCAGAUCCCGUUUUAUGAAAAGAUACCGCAAGCGAGUGGAACAACUCGACCCUACACAAUAUCAAGACAACGCGACAUUCCGCAAGAUGUGCACCCAUAUCAAGCGGCAUCUUAAACAAGUAAUUUCACCUAUCACGGGCAAUCCUGACGACGACAAGGAGAACGACGAUGCUACCCCCUGUGCUGUGACGCCGCCUCGCAAGCAUCCGCGCGCGGCAAAACGAAACAUCAGCCCGACCUUGCCGUUGCCGUCCCCAGCACGCAAAAGGGCCGCCCGCCAUCAAGAGUAGAGUGCGAUCAAUUGAUAUCAGCUCUUACGUGCGUGGCCGCGUAAUGUCUCGGAUCGGUAUUGCGUAGGGCCGAGGGUUUUCUUCCAGGGGGUUACAGUUUUCACAAUCCAGGUUUUAACGGACGUGUCUUUUUCCUACAGCAACCAGCCUUCAAGCUGUUCUUUUUCUGCUCGGCUAUCAUUAUUCUCUAUUUGCAACUUACCACAACAUCCUCGGUAUAAUUACAUUGGGUCAUAGGCUACAUCAUGUAAUGGGCCCUACACUAUAAUCAAUCGGGUAGUCCGUGCCAAUGAUACAAGACAGCACCCUACAGGAAUAGUCAAUCGUUGAGCGUCACCCCGGUAGAAAACCUCGUACCGAGCUGUUGUCCUUCUGCACG